GGCUGGACGCGCCAGUACAAUUGUAGAUCCCGUGCUGGGUGGACGGAAUAACACACUCACAGUUGCUAGUGGAAGCAGUGGUUGUUUGCCUGGCUGCCCACCAUUACACCAGUGCCAAGUAGUCACUUCCGGCCAGAAACGUCCGUUUGUGUAGUGGAUUCUAUCAAAGCAGUGGAGGAGCGGGUGAAAGGGGCAGUGCGUUUUUUUACGAAGAUCCGGAGAAAGUCCUGAUCAGGACAAAACAAGAACUUACAAUAGUGUGACUUUGGGAAGUAUUUCCCAUUUUAAAACAAGUGAUCGCCGUUGGUGGAUAAAAGCGUUUUGCUACAUUUACAGCUACAAAAGAUGAAGUACCUCGUGUUUCUGCUGUUGUUUGGAUGCCAAGCAUUCCUUCGGGCCGAUGAGCUGCUGGAUUCGGAGGAGCCUCCAGAGGGUUAUUAUGCAUUCAUAGAAUCGCCUUCAGCCGUCCCGCCAAAGGUCCGUUCGCCGCCCUACACGCACAUCAACAUCGAGUGCAAGGAAGCGACCAACCCGAAACCGUACGUUUCAGCCAACAAUCUGUGCGGGGAUCUGAACAAGGGCAAGAUUCCACGCAACCCGAUGAAGCAAAACGUACUAGGCGAACCGUACCCGUUCGAAUUGAUCCGAAACCAAACGCUCAAGUUCCUUUCUAAGACGUUGCCCGUGCUCAAGGCGGAUGAUACGCUACCGAAGGUAACGCAAAUCAUUCCCGACGAACCGGUGGAUCAGUUCGACGACAAUGGCAUUGGCCGGCGAAUGGGCAAAUCGAUGCGCAUGGAAGAGGAGCGCCGCGCGGAAGAAGACGCCCGUGCACCACGAAAGUUCUGCGACGGUGGCGGUGUGUUCUGUGCGCUGUACCGUGCCAUCCAGGGCGAACCGAUCAGCAGCAAGCUGGUGGCGGAAAGACGCGAAGAGGCACCGGCCGCCUACCCGCCGCCACCCCGCUACGAGGGACCGCCGACGCCCUGCCCGGCCAAGGUAGAGUACGCGACGCCCGUGUUCGCCAAGAACUACCAAGGCUCGUGGCGCUACGUGGUGCAGAUCCCGUACGAGGGCUACUUCACGCAGACGGUUGAAGUGACGCGCUGUCUGCAGGCACGCUGCCACUAUCUGGACGGUGGGUGUCUUUCGUCGCCGCGCUGGGUGAGCUUGCUGGUGGCCGAAAUCUUCUACCCGAACGCGGAAGAGCAACCGACCGUGCCGACCACGACCACCACGACGGCUCCAUCCAUCCAGGACUUCCAGGCGUACCAGCAGUAUCUGCAAAAGCGUGCCGGACUCCCGACCGACAACGUGUACGAGAGCACCAUCAACGGCAGCCCACAGCAGCAGCAGCAGCAGCAGCAGCAACAGCAAGCACCGACAGCGGCCGCCUCCAGUGCCAAGGCUAAUCAGCACUGCGAUGGGCACGAUGAGAUCGGCUGCUUCCAGGUGCGACUGUACUACGACUGGUUCCUCAUUCCCGGCUCCUGCAAAUGCUGGCGGCCGGACUACUUUGCCAAAUACGUGCGAAAACGACCAUCGCCGGAUCUGUAAGACGGGCGCUGUGUGUGUGUGAGAUAGGUCCUGCGCAUGCUUUAGCAGUGUAAUCGUGGCGACACGCAAACGAGACUUAUAUUUGGGAUGCCCUCUCAUCGACGGACUGAUGACUGAAUGGCAGCAGGCUGGCAAAUUAUUUAUUAUUUAUUUUCUACUUACGAAUACGGUCACCUGGAGUGAAAUGGGCGACGAUGGGGGUUGUGAUGCUUGCGGUACUGCUUAAAACUUGUAAGACUGGACACGCCUGGACCGGCAAGCAUUCCGGCAAACCUUGCUGCGGAUAUGAAUGGCGCGAACUCAGCCGUUUACAAUGAUGAAAAGCAAUAAGCUACUCACUUUAGCACUGUUAGGCGGCAGCAAGGCAGGCAAUUGGGUUGCGGUGUACUUCUACUACUUCUUUUUAAACUUUACUCUCGGGGAAAUAGCAAGCAUACAGCCCGCACACCUCCUGGGACGGCCGGAGUAAACCGAACGCGUCCGGGCGUAUGUUCGCGUGCAAACAAAUGAAUGUAUGAGAUUUUCCGCAUCGCUUUGAAGGUUUCGCAAGGUUUGCACGGGCUAGAAUCACGGUUUUCCAUUUUGUUGGCAAGCCUGUGUGUACCUGGUCGUAAGACAAAUGCUCGUGCAAACCUUGCGGAUACGGCUUGCGCAUCAAAUCUCUUUAAAUCUCCGCACACUCCAGCACAAACACGCGAACACAUAAAACGAACACAACACACACUAGCAUUACUUUUACUAUGUAAAUAAGACGUAAAUCUUUUUAAAAUAUGAUCGUGAUUUUUUUAAAUAAACGGUUUUCAAGUACAGACAAAAAA